AUGGCAAAGAAGAAUCAAGUCGCCAGAAACGAAAGAGAACGAAACCGUGUUCAUCAGGUUAAUCAUGGAUUCGACGUCCUCCGUAACCGACUCCAACCAAAAAACCACACGAAGAAGUGGAGCAAAGCAGAUACUCUCCGUGAGGCUGUAAGAUACAUUCAACAACUUCAAGAAUUGCUGAAUAAGGACUCCCAGCAAUCAUCAGUGUCUUCUCCAACUUCUGACUAUUCAAUGAACCACAACAACUUCAACAGCUUCGUUGUGAAGGAGGAAUUCGCUAUGUAUUUGCCACCAACCUACCAUCAAACACCUUCCAUGCCAUCACAACAUGGAGACAAUUCUCAUAACUUCAAUUCCCCGACGUCUUCUAUUUCUUCUUCAUCUUAUUCUCCAACUCAGAUGUGUUACCCUCCCGUUUCAUACUCAAACUAUCCCCAUCAAUAG